UAGCGCAGCAAACAUCAAGGUAGUCCAACAUGAACUUCUUCACUGUGUCGGCCAUCGCCCUGGUUGCCAUCAUUGGCUCCAUCCAGGCUGAGCAUUUGCCGCUUCCGCACUACUUCGUUCGGAAGAGCUUCCCGGAGGCUCAGGCUGAGUGCGCCGUCUACCUGCAGGUGCCGGACGAUCGUAUGCAGCGCUACAUGCGUGAAGGAUACCCGGAUGAGCCAGAGGUCCACUGUCUGGUGCUGUGCGUCCUGGAGAACCUGCGCGCUUGGGAGAACGGUACGCUCCACGAGAACGUGCUCGCUAACUACUUCGUCCCGGCCACGGAGGACUGCGACAAUGCCAAGCGUACUGAGCGUUGCCUGGUGAACCUGCCGCAGGAGUGCAACGGCGAGCCGUGCGUGCAAGCCUACCGUGCUUUCCAGUGCUACUACCAGAACUAUGGAACGCUCACCACCUGCCCCGAGUACGUCCCGAGCUACUACGGUGAGGAUCUGCAGCUGGCCUACGACCUGUUCGACAUGCUGGAUGUGUCGGAGGACACCCGCCGCAAGCUGGCUGGAGGAUGCUUCCCAAGCGGACCUGAGUCGCAGUGCUUCUUCUUCGCGUACGUGACUCGCUUCGGUGCCUGGUCCAAGGAUGCUCCGCUCCUGCACAACCUGUACACUCAGUCCCAGGAGGAUGCCUUCAAGAAGGACAACACCGAGACUAACGUCUGCCUUACCAACCUGAACAAGCUGGCCUGCCACAAGACCCGGUGCGAGCACGCCACUGACGUUUUCAGCCAGUGCUUCGGCAACACUGAUCUGUACAAGCACUUCCUGGCUGUGUUCAAGGAUGCUGCCAUGACCUACACCAGGCAAUAAGCAUU